UCGAAUUCUAUCUCUCUCUCCCUCCAAAAAUGUCAGACUCUGUAGAACAACAACUCUCUCUCUUUCGCUACCUCAUCCAAACCAGAAGUUUCGGCGAUUCCACGCUCCGAUUUCUAGAUUCGCUUUUGAUCUCCAAAGACGUGAAAUCGUUAGUCGAAAUUCGAUCCAGUUUGACGCAACUCCUCAAAUCCGAAUCACUAUCUAUCAUUCAUUCCAUCACCGCAGAAACAAUUCACGAUAAGCUUCUCGUUCUCGAUUUCUUCGUCCGCGCUUUCGCUCUCGUCGGAGAUCUAGAGAGCUGUUUAGCUUUAAGAUACGAGGCGUUAGUUAUGCGAGAACUCAAAUCUGCAACUAUUCAAUUGCUUCAAGUUUCGCCAUUAGAAUGGUUAAAUUUUGUGGAAGACGCUGUGAAGAACGGUUUUCAUGAAGUUUCAGUAAAGGCAUGUGAAAAUGCAUUGAGGUGCAUUGGAAAUAACAAUGUUCAAAAGCUUGGAAGAGACGCGAUUCCUGAAAAUUUGAAGGCUAAUGCUAUCAGCGAGAUUACUAGGCUCAGGAAUUUUGCACUGACAUCAAUUACUUCACGUUCUGUUCAGGUGCAAGCAACAGAGUACCUAGAUAGGAAAACAAGAGAGCGGCAAAAGUUGGACUUACCCUACAAAGAAAAACGAUGUCUAGCAAGCACUUCCUUCAGAAAUGGAAUCAAGAGACAGAAUAUGCGAAAGUUAUACGAAAGACAAAACCUUCUGCAGGUCAAUAGUGAAAUGCAAGUUCGACAUCCAAAUUUGAGGUCAAAUCAAUUUCUGACAGUGACUUUAUGAUGUUCUAUUUCAUUGUCUGAUCAUGUGAAAUGUCAAAUUUCUGCCUGUCUUUUCAUUUGAGUGAUAAACCUUGAUCUGUAUUUGGUGUUUACACUUUUCACUGUUAAAAGAACAAGUUGAUUGCACUUUACAUCAUAUAAUAUUUGUAAAGCUGAUUCGGUGGGGUUAUAAAGUGAAUGGGUUGGUUUAGAAGGUAAGAGUUGGAAUGAUCAGAAGGUAACUCUGGUCCUUCUAACUACAUAUCAACACAUGACCGGCCCAAGGGUAAGGUCACCAAGACAAUUGCCUUAGACCGCUUUUGUAAUAAAAAGGUCUCAUAUUUAAAUUUGCCAGCCUCAUACAAUGUUGGUCCGGCCCUGUAUCAGUAUAUUUUGGGUAAGGGUGGAUGUGAUAUUAACGUUUGUGGACAGAAAUUGCAAACCUGAGUUUCUAUUAUCAAGACUAACAU